AUGUCCCUUAUUCCUGAAGGAAUAAAGAAUAUAAUCAGUCAAGGACAACCAUCACAAAGCAAUACUCUAAGAUUCCCUGGGACUGAGGUUCUACCUAUUCACUUAAAGAUGCUUUAUUGGAACAGCUACAGGAAGUUAAGCUCCAUCUAUGUCUUCACAGGAGACCACGGUCAAUGGCUAGUGGUGACUCCAUCUGAACCUUGGCAACUAUCUUUGAUUGGCAAAUAUGGAACUCUCAGUAGAAGAAAAUUCACAUAUAAUGUCACAAAUGGUGGGAAGACAACUCUGGCUAAGAAGUUGCAGAAACACCUCCCAAAUUGCAGUGUCAUAUCUCAAGAUGAUUUUUUUAAGCCAGAGUCUGAGAUAGAAAAAGAUAAAAAUGGAUUUCUGCAGUAUGAUGUGCUCGAAGCUCUUAACAUGGAAAAAAUGAUGUCAACCAUUUCCUGCUGGAUGGAAAGUUCAAGACAAUAUACAGCAUCAGACUGGGGUAGUACUGAGGAAAUUCACAUUUUAAUCAUUGAAGGUUUCCUUCUCUUUAAUUAUAAGCCCCUUAACAGAAUAUGGAAUAGAAGCUAUUUCCUGACCAUUCCAUAUGAAGAAUGUAAGAGGAGGAGGAGUACAAGAAUUUAUGAGCCUCCAGACAUCCCAGGAUACUUUGAUGGCCAUGUGUGGCCUAUGUAUCUGAAGCACAAACAGGAGAUGGAGCACCUUCCCUUGGAAAUUGUUUAUCUAGAUGGAACAAAAUCUGAAGAGGACCUCUUUUCACAAGUUUAUGAAGAUCUGACACAAGAACUCUCAAAGCAAAAUUGUUCAGUGCUCCUAUCAAAGUGACGGUAAAAGAGUAGCCAUAAAACUAGUUUGUUACAUAGCCAAGAAUGGCAUAUAAGAGGGCUAAUGUAGGAUGAAUUGUUUCCAUUUAUUAGUUGCUUUAAAAAUAAUUUCAAAUCAGAGGUUCUGAUGGCUCCAGACAUUAAUUAUUUUGUUUUAUGGUUAAGGGUGAAAAUAUCGACCAUUUGUUACAUCUCUUAAAUAUAUUCAUGUUAUUUUCUUUAAAAUUUUUAGUAGAUACCUACUAUUUUAUUAAAACAAAUUAAUUUUGGGAACAAGUAAAAUUUAAGUGCUGA